AUGGGGCCAAUGAGAAGCCUGUUUGUUGCGCUGUCUGUGGUCUGCCUAACCGGCGCGGCUCCGCUGGCCCCGGCCGCUGCUCGCCCCGCCCUCCGCCUGCGCGGCGGCGGAAACAGCGGCGGCGGCGGCGGCGGCGGAAGCGCAACACUCGUCGCCGCGCGUGGUGGCAAGCGCGCUGCUGCUGCAGAGGAGGAGGCGACUGCUCGCGGCGUGGCGGGGCUGGUGGGAGGGAUCCUGAUCCACCUCGCGUGCGGCUCCAUGUACACCUGGGGCAACCUCGUCUCGUACGCGCCCCCGCACCUCAAGUACUGGGCGGGCGCUGUGGGCUCCGGCCCCGCAGACGCGCAGCUUGUUCUGCCUCUGAUCCUGGUAUCGCAGAUGACGGGGAUGCCGCUGGGGCCGCUGCUCGAGAAGAAGCUUGGUCCCACCCUCACCGCCCUCCUCGGCGCCCUCAUGAUGGGGAUCGGAGUCAUGGCUGCCGCCACUGCGCCGAGCCUCGCCUCGUUUUGCGUCUGCUAUGCAGUCGUGUUUGGGCUGGGGGUUGGGGUCGCGUACCAGAUGCCGAUCAUCGCCGGCGGGCGGUGGUUUCCCGCCAAGAAGGGCGUCGUCACCGGCUCCGUCGCCUCUUUCGUCCCGCUCACGCUGCUGCAGGGCACCACGCUCCUCUCCUUCCCCGCCCUCGCCGCCUCGCGCCUCACCUUCCUCCUCGCCACCGUCGCCAUGCUCUUCUGCAUGGGCGGCACCUUCGCCCUCUUUCCGGCGCAGGCCAUGCGCGUGUACGGUGCGAGCGGCGCCUCCGUCUACUCGAUCAUGUUCACCGCCUUUGGCAGCGCCGCCCUGCUCGGGCCAAUCGCGUCCAACGCGCUGCUGCAGCGUGGCGGCUACCCUCUCGUCUUCUCCGUCCUCGGCCUCUGCUCUUUUGGCUCCGCCGCUCUCACCCUCGCGUCGCAGUAG